CAGAACGAAGCACUCAACGGAGGUGGAUUGUUGUUUGUCAAGAAGCAUCCUGACUUGAGAGUCAGGGUGGUUCACGGGAACACCCUGACAGCCGCGGUGGUCCUCAACGAGCUCCCGGCCGAAGUGGAAGAGGUGUUCCUGACAGGAGCAACGUCCAAGCUGGGCCGGGCCAUCGCUCUCUACUUGUGCAGAAAGGGAGUCCGCGUGCUGAUGUUGACAAGCUCCAGAAGUCGCUACGAAUCCAUUCUGAGCGAGGCCGCCGCGGAGCACCGCAGGAACCUGGUUCAUGUCACUAAAUACCAAGCUGGCCAGUACUGCAAGAGAUGGAUCAUUGGCAAGUGGGUUACCGAACGAGAGCAAGGAUUUGCGCCGGUGGGGACGCACUUCCACCAGUUUGUCGUGCCGCCAGUGCAGGAGGUGCGCAGCGACUGCACAUACGGGAAGCUGGUUGGGAUGAGACUUCCCAAAGACGUGGCCGGAGUCCACACUUGCGAGUAUAUAAAUGACCGAGGGGUUGUUGCUGCCUGCCAUGCCGGGGGUUUGCUGCACGCACUGGAGGAGUGGAGCCACCACGAAGUGGGAAGCAUUGAUGUGGAAAGGAUCGACACGGUCUGGCAAGCAGCUUUGAGCCGGGGCUUCACGCAGGUGUAAGUGGCAACGGGUCUUUUUCCUUCGGAGUUUACGUUCGAGCAGAGAGAGAACAGCCAUGCCAGCAGCGACACCAGGUACCUUCAAUUCCUCCACACUUGGAUUGGAUUGGAUUGGAUUCAAUCCACACUCCUCGCAGUAGCAGCAGCAGCCAGCCAGCCAGCCAGCCAGCAGACAAAGAAAGCAGAGAUGCUCACUCAAGAGCAGGGAAAAUAGAUUCACAAGGCUCAAACGAAGAACACAAGAAGAAAAGAAGAAGUGGAGAAAGUUUCUAUAUGGCUUUGAGGAUAGCUUUAGCUGGAUGAUUAUUAUUUGCUCACUGCCUCUGCGAUUCAUGGCAAUGCAGUGACAGCCUCUUUUCAAGGAUUGAAUGACGAUCCAAAUCUUUGUUAAUUUCUUA